AUGGCUGAUACUGACUGUCUCUCCCUGCAGACAGAGAUAAAGACGGUGGCUUCUCAGCCUCUUAGGAUGGCGGUUGGAACAGGAGUCAUGGAGUAUAACUCGUCAGUUGACAGAUUCAGAGAUGACGAAUAUCCCAAUAUGGCCCAAGGGGCCUAUCUUGAUCAUGGCGGCGCCACCAUCUACUCUCGAUCUCUCAUAAGCAGCUUCUCUCACGCAAUGAUCAGCAACCUAUGGGGCAACCCACAUUCGGAAAACCUACCCGCGAAGCUCUCGGGUGAGAUGGUGGAUAAUAUUCGUGCCAAGACUCUCGACUUCCUUGGUGCUGACCCUGACCAUUUUGAUCUUGUGUUUGUCGCAAACGCCACGGCUGGUAUCAAGCUGGUGGCAGACGGGUUUCGAGAUCUUGGAGAGAAGACUCCGGCAAAGAGCUUCUGGUAUGGAUAUCACAGGGAGGCUCACACCAGUAUAAUCGGCGUUCGAGAGCUUACGUCUGGGGACUAUCAUUGCUUCGAAGAUGACGAGAGCGUCGAUAAAUGGCUCGAAUAUCCUUCCAAUCCUGAGGUUCGAAAGAGCAAAUCCACAGGCCUGGGUCUAUUCGCAUAUCCCGGCCAGUCGAACCUCAGCGGCCGCCGGUUACCAAAGGGAUGGUUAAGGAGAAUACGAGAGAACCCUCAGCUUCGAAACACGUACACACUCUUUGACGCCGCAGCCCUCGCCAUGACGACGUCACUCGGUUCACUAUUCAGCGACCCCUCCGAUGCACCCGACUUUACCUGCCUCUCGUUCUACAAGAUCUUUGGAUUUCCGGAUCUCGGUGCCCUGGUGGUCAGGCGGGCAUCGGGACACGUACUCAACCUGAGAAGAUAUUUCGGAGGAGGGACGGUGGCACAACUGUUUCCUUUGAAUGGUGACACUCGCGUUGCGAAGAAGGUUCCCGGCUUGGGAGACCAGUACGACAUGUGGAACAUCCAUGACGGUCUCGAGGACGGGACUCUUCCGUUCCACAGCAUCUUGGCCCUUGGACUGGCCAUUGAUACCCAUAUUCGACUCUAUGGCUCUAUGGAUGCUAUUUCUCGUCAUUGCUGCUACCUAGCACGUUCCCUUUACAAGAGUCUCGUGGCGCUCAGGUAUCCCAACGGUGCUCCCGUUGUUGAAAUCUAUGUCGACGACCCUAGCGCAUAUGGAGACCCUUCGCGACAGGGGGCAACGUUCGCCUUCAACAUUAUGAGGCAGGAUGGGACUUAUGUUCCUUGGACGGAUGUUGAGAAGCUGGCCAAUGAUGCUGGGGUGUAUAUCCGAGCUGGUGGUGUCUGUUGCCCCGGUGGUGUUUCAAAGGCUCUCGAGUACGAAGAGUGGGAGUGGAACAGGAUGUUCUCGAGCGGACACGCCUGCGGUGCAAAUGAGAUGGCUAUCAUCAACAGAAGGCCAACUGGUAUUGUUCGCGCCAGCCUUGGUGCCAUGACUACAAAAGCCGAUAUUCAAGCUCUACUGCACUUUCUCCACAGCCAGUUCAUAACAGAAGCCAAGACAGCCCCGUUGCUUGAGUCUUCCAAGGAUUCGGUACCUUUACCUCUGCGAGACGCAUAUGCGAUCCAUGGGAUGGCCAACGAGGGCUACCUAAAGGAUUUUGCCGGGUCAUUUUUUAUCAAUUUUCUCAUCUCUCUACAAACAACAUCAGUGAAAAAAACACAAACAGUUUUCAUCAUCUUUUUUUCUCAUCCACCUUGUUUUUUCUUGUUUCCUUCUUCACUCCUCCAAGCUAUCCACCCUGUGGAAUUCUCUAUCGCUACACUAACUACCUACCUACCCCACGCUGACCAUAGCAAUCAACGACGCUGCUUGAUCGCCCUUAAAAAGAGCAAGCAGGCUCCAGCUGCUGAUGCUGGUCCUUCUGGUGAGGGGCAGAAUGCGACGCCUGAGAACGAUUCGCAAACACAACCACAGCCCGCCACGACCGCAGGAGGGUCCAGAACCUCUAGGUCACCCAGGACGACAUCAUCGACAUCAUCUUCUCAGACUCUCAUAAUAUGUCGAAACAAGCAUUGGCGAUUCAUUUCGGCCUUUCACGGCCCAUGGCUUCAAAUGCCCAUGGAGAUACUCGAGACCAUCACCAACAUCAACUACAACACCCCGCGACCCCGACCCAUCGACCCUGCUGUCCUCUUCGACAUGACCAAGAUCCGCCGGCUCGUCGACGAAGCCACCAACCUCGCCGUGAGAGCUGCUAGUGACAUCUCCUCGCCGAUCAUGACAAACGUCAACGGCGGCAUGCCUGGCGCAUCCUCCAUGUCGGCCCUUGGCAUGGGAGGGGGCCAUGGGUCUAAACUGAGCCGUGAGCGGAAAUUCCGGAUGAGAGAGCAGGCGAGCCAGAAGCUCAGCCGUGCCUAUCGCCUGGACGAGAUCGCGUGCAGCGUCGCGACCAUGCAGGGCUCGUCGCCGAUAGAAGAAGUCGCUGGACUGGUCCUGCAGCGCAACCCACAGGAUCCUGAUGCCAAAUAUGUGCACUUUUUUCACGAAAAGAUACCCUCGCGCCAACUAGCCGAGUCCACCGGCCUGGAGGCCUUGACAGAGGUGAUAUCGGAGAAGCCGAGCGAAGGGGAAGCCCUACGCACCCGCGCCAUCGUGAAGUGUUUCAAGGACGAUUUUGAGGGGGCUGCUCAGGACCUGACUCUCGCCUUGUCAAUAAGCCGCUUCCAUCAGCCACCGCACCAGAACCCUGAGCAGUCGCAAACUCUGGAGCCAAAUCAGGGCCGAAGGCGGCCUCAAGACGUUGUUCUGGCCGACAAGGACCAGCCGACGAGCCUGGAAGGACAAUUACUCUUUCUACGAGCUACGGCGUACCUGACUGUGGCUCACCAGCACGUGGCAGGCGGCAUACCUCCAGCCCAGGAAGCCAACGGACACGCCGAUGCAGAGAACUCGGACGGAAACCCAGUUCCUGAAGCCAACGCGCAAACUUCACCCGAAGCUGAUGCAGAGCCUGAUGCUGAUGCUGCUGACGCAGAUUCAGCCCGCAAACAGGCCGAGUCUCGAAAGCUUGUCAAGACGUAUGCGAAGCGGGCGCUCCGAGACUUCAUGUCCUUCAUCUCGAAUCUGGAAUAUGCACCGAAUCUUCCUACAGUCAUCGCCAAGGACUUCAACGACCGCGUUAACCUUGCGGCCCAUGGCGUCCGAAACCCGAGACCCUCCGAGGCUACCUACUCUCUGGAGCCCUACACCAUCUACUCCAUCGCCGACCUCUUUGCCGCCGUACCUCCUCCAGACCUCCCCCCUUACCCUUCCGAAGAAAUUGCCAAACCUGGGCAGGCAUCGGAACUGCCGCCGACGUGUGAAUGGACCACCUACCAUCCCCUUCUCACUGAGGCGCUGCACUCGCUUCUCCUCUGCCACAUUCUCGUCCAGACUUCGCCCAAGGAGCUCCUCCGCCACAUAUACAUGGUGGCCCGACUUGUCCGCCAGGCUGACGGCUUUCCCAUCUUCCAGGCCAGCCGCUCCCAGGCCCGGUCCGACUGGAUGGAGGUUCUCCGCCGCAACGAGAGCCAGCUCCAGCUGAGCGCCUCCUGGGAGACCCUCUGCGCGCCCCCUCCCCUACCCUUCUACUACGAUACCCCCCUCACCAAGCCCAAAGCCAAGAUCUCCGACGAGCAACGCCGUCAGGACCAGGCUUUUCUUGAUGCCUUUGAUGACGACCAGAUCGAGAAGGAGAGGCGUGCCGAGCAGGAUCGCCUCCCCAUUGCCACCAACAUCCCCCCUGCCCCUGUCUACGGUGCCGGUCUAGCAACCCACCCAAGUCUCCGACGGUGGUCCGUUGAGGACGGCAAAGACUACCCCAUCCUGACUCUACGGGCCCUCGCCGUCUCCCGGUGGCUGUGCGAAGCCCCGGUUGUUACGGGCACCACCCGGCGCAAGAAGCGCACCAAGAAGCCCAGCAAGGCGGGAGCACUGGGCGAGUCUGUCGAGAAGCUGCGUCUCGAAGACGCCGCCGGGGAUGCUGCGGAGCCGUGAUGAUGGACUUCUCUUGCUUUUCUACUCAUCUCUGUCUUGCUACUUGCUGCAUCUAAAGCAAUUUGAAUCUAAAGCGCUUGAGCGCCCA